AUGAAGGUUAGGUCCACUCAUCAUUCUCUCUGCUCUUCAACUCUUUCGACCUUUUCUCCCAUUUUCUUCACUCAUUCUUCGGUUCUUCACAUCUUCAUCCUCAAAUCGAAGCCGCUGAAUUCUCCAUUCUCAUUUGAACUCUCAAGUUCUCAACUCUCAAGCUCUCAGCCUUCAAUAGCUCAAAGUUUUCCAUCUUCAAAUCUUCCUCUCCUUCAAGUCGUCAAAUCUCAAAGGUUUAAUUUAUAUUGUUGUUCAUAUACUUCAUGUGACGGAGGUGGUGACAAAGAUCCUGGAGAUGCCUUGGAGAUGGUCUAGAGAGGCCUCUCCAGACAAGGCCGCGGGCACGGCGUUCAGCGAAGAGGGCGCGGCGAAAGGGGUACGCAACAGCCCUUCUCCUUGCUUCUUCCCCUUAUAAAACGCAACAAGCAACUUGAGGCAACGGUCACAAAAUCUUAGUUUAGGCUUAGAUUUAGUUAUAAUCUUAGUUUGUAGUUAUAAUCUUUGUUUUGUAAUCUUGUUUUCCUAGAUUGUAAUUUAGAUUAUGAGUUUAAUGGCCUAGUGUACGGGAGUGAUCUAGGUUGUUAGUCAAUUCUACAAUUCUAUCUAUUUGACUAAUUAGACUAUCAAUAGUGUUUGUUUGCGAUUGAUUAGUGCUAGUAUUGUGGUGUGUAUGGUUAAUUCUAAAUGAAUUGGAUGUGCUCAUUGAGGUGUGUUUAA